AUGACAACGAGUACCGAACGAGACGCUUUCGGCCGACUUCCCGAGGAGCUUCGGAUUGAAAUUAUCAAACUUUCACCGGAUCCUUUGUCGCUACGGUGCUUGGCCCAUGCCUCGCCCGCUAUGGGCAAAGUGCUGGACAGAUAUCCGCUCGAAAUCUUGGAGGUCAUCCUAGAGGUUACCGUUCCCAUGAGUAUCCGUCGCCUGAUUCACGCGGUUCUCGAAUUGCGGCUUUUGUGCUUCCCAGCAUCCUUGUCUGAGGCUCAAAGGGUGGCGAGAACUGACUCAACUGCGGCCACCAGCGGAAUGCGUUCAUCCGAACUAGACCGAGCCGCCGCGGCGGUACGGUCCUUGCUCACGACGGCUGAUAAUGUCCAUAACUGGUCUCAUGCCUGCCUCGAACAUUUGAUCCGGAUAUCAAUGGAGCUAAGGCCUUCCACGCUCAUCAAGAAUGGGGAAGGCAGAACACGCCGGGAGGAAUUCGAAAACGCCGAGAGUCGAAAAGACUAUCUUCCACAGGAUACUGGCCCGCCUUCGUGGGUGGAGGAGCAGCGAAUGAUCAAAGCAUUCUGGCAACUGCAGUUCUUCCUGGAACUUCAGGGCGCCGGUCGCAAGGGCCACCUGAGCACCAAUUGGCCAAAACAGGAAGUUGACAUGUUGUUCCAGAGCAGUGCGGGAGGCUUUUACGACGUGCACAACUGCGAGCGGGAGCAGAUCCUGACCGCCUGCGAUUUUCUCGGCGCAGUCACCUCUGGAACUGUCAAUUCGGUAGAAGCUGUUCACGACGACGCUUACAAUUUGCCAACAAUACUUUGGGUUGAUGGGGCAGUGUUGAGGCGUCCCUGUGCCGAGCCGCUCUCAUUCGAGCUCAACAAGGACACCUUCAGUCAGGGUUCAGAAAACCUCGACCGAACGCCAUGGGCGUACCGCUUCCAUGGGGCUAUGUCCUCAACCGAUGGAUGGCUUGAUGGGGCUCCGCUUACGAUUUUCUACCCCUUUCAGAUCUGGCGCAAAUAUGGGUUUGCCAUAUGGGAUGAGAAGCGUAUGGUUGAUUUGGGCAUGCGGCACCCGAAAAAAGCGUCAUAUAAUGGGAACUCUUUCUCUUACUCUUUUCGAUGGUGGAGCAUCUUAACGGAGGAAGACCUGCGUUAG